CUUUGGGAACUACUUUCAAGUAUGGAGGCUUAAUGAUGAUGAUCGCUGGAUGAUGAUAUAGCAAGGAAAGACAGGAAGAGUAACAAUCUGUCCUCAUGGAUAUUUUACAAGUAGCGAAAGAGUGCGAAGUGUCAACAUCAGAUGCGAAGGAAUCGGCGGAAGCAUCACAUGGGGUGCCAGACGUCGAAAACGGGAUAGCAGUGGUUUCGAAGGAAACGGAGAUAUCGGAAGAAGACAUGAGGCUGGACCAAGAUAUGCGCCUCCUGGAACCCGAAACCACCGUAAUCGAAUCUUCCGAGGAAGGCAUAAAGCCGAAAAGGAACUCUGUGCACCAGUGCAGUGACUGUGGGAAAACGUUUUCUACGUCGAGCAAUAUGCACCAGCAUGAGCGGCUGUGUCACUCGGUCGAGCGCAAGCUCUUCCAGUGCAGCACGUGCCAGAAAUUGUUCACCACAACGAGCAACCUGUACCAGCACCAGCGCACCCACACAGGGGAGCGCCCGUUUAGGUGCACAGUGUGCGGAAGAGCGUUUGCGACCUCCACAAACUUGCGACAGCACGAGCGAACUCACACGGGGGAGAAGCCCUUUGUCUGCACAGUUUGUGCAAAGGCAUUUGCAACGUCGACGAACCUGCGGCAACAUCAUCGUACGCACACCGGUGAGAAGCCCUUUGCGUGCGAGGAGUGCGGAAAGGCUUUCGCGUCUUCGACGAACCUCCGACAGCACCUGCGUUCCCACCUGCGGCGUCGCCUGUGCGCUCCUCCGCCGCCGUGGGUCGCCCUCAACACAGUGACGGCCUGUUUGGAACAGGCUCUGGUACAGGGAACAAAACUGUGCCAGGAAACCGCACAGACUGUAGUGGUCAAUGUCAUACAGGCUCCUCAUCCAUAGGCAGACGCCUUAGUUUCACGCGAAGGAUACAGCUGAACGGUGUUAUCUAAUCCUGAGGCAUUACGGUUCCUUACUGACGUAUUCCACUAGACGGGACGUCGAGGAAGUUUGUGGUGACGAACAUCUGUACUCAAGACCCUGAGAAAUAGGAAAAGAUUUAAAGAAAAAAUGUGAUGAGAGUUUCAAGAUUACAAUUUAUUACCUAACACACAAAAUUGCUGUGUUUACUCACCAAAAUAAUGCUUUAAGCUAGUUCUCCGUAACAUUUCCCAGACUUGGAUAUGGACAGACAUGAUUGGAUUAGACUGUCCUCCCUCCCCAGGCUAAGGGCAAUGUUACCAGCAAUAAUCCUCUACCCCAACUGAGUACUACCCCCAAAUUACCCAAUGGGUUAGUUGCCUCAUCGACUACAACAUUAUCCUAUACCUACUGUGUUAUACAAUUCGUUUUCUCAAAAAUGCAGCGCUGCUGUGUGGGCUUGCUAGUUGGGUAUCAACAUUCAAAUAAGGGUACAUACUGAAGCAUUUGAGACCGCAUUCCUGGAACCACAUGCAUUAAAUGUGCACAGGAUAAAAAGUGCAAACAUUUUGAUGCUAGGUUAGGUUUUGUUCUGCACUACUAAUGGGGGAGGGGAAACUUUCCAUUCCACCUCCCCUUCCACGUACGCUUAUUUACUAAUUACAAAAUGUUAUGAAAUUUCUGCUGUGUUCGAAAUUCGUGCCGGAUCCAUAUCUCUUCCCGAUUCUCAUGGUCUUGAGCGUGUACCUUCCUUGGAUGUCCACAUGUGCAGCCCCUAAGUGACCAAUGAAAUUACGGUGAUGAUGUAUCAAAAUUUGAUAUUUUCACUGGGUCUCGCUGCAUAUAAUUGCGAGACUCUUGCCCCUGUAUAUACUGCGUCAUUGCUGCGGUUUAAUGAGUGUCAUUUUGCCAUUUUUGUUAGCCGUGCGAAAAAUUUGCCUGUGUAUAAGUUAUUGGUAAGGCUAGUUCCAAAGUGUACAACGACGACACAAAUAUAUAGAUAUAUAUAUAUAUAUAACGUAAGCAUACUUUGCUCGUAGAACCCUCGCAUCCUCUCUGAGCACCUUCGGAUAUUGAGUCUUGCAAACUCGAGGCAGGUUCGCUUACUAUUAAAGGGCUCGUGAAUAUGCACUGCGAAUAUUUGUGAAUGGUUUUAUUGCAUUUUUGAGUAACGAGUACAAAUACAAAUUAUUGCCAGUGAAAUUAACACAAUUGGAGGGCAUUUUUAGUUUUUUCAUCGCUUUUUUUCUAAUAAUGUUUAGCCAGGUUGCCUGGACUUCAGCCGUUACUAUCAUGCAUUGUGCAUGGCAAGCUUUUGUGCUUGCGUAACAUGCCCUGCGUUAUAAGCACAUUGAAGUCUGCUGUAGUGCUGCUGUACACCACUGGUGUGUAACAGCAUGUCCGGGGAAAUGUGUGCCAAUAUAUUGCGAACUACGUAGGCAAAUGAAACAACCUGCAUCUACACCUCUUUAAUAUAGAAUGGAAUGACCAGCCAAGAAGUGUGACUGAACAGAAAGAUUUCAAUCUGGGGUGAAAUAACAUCCGUUUCUUAUCAGCUCAGCUCCUAACAAUCCUAGAUGCAUCCCUCAUAACAAGUCACAGGGUUGCUUGACAGGACAUGUUUCUGUGCCACAAAAAAGAAAGAAAAAAAAGAUGACGCCAUAACCUGUACGUACUUCAGCUACCACACAGUAACUUUUUCUUCAGGGUGUCUCCAUUAAUGUGCGUAAAAAAUAAAUGAAAAAGUCCGGGCACCCUUUGCAAAUGUGAACGGCCAUGUGUCAACAGCUGUGUAUCGUAGUUAUAAGCAUAAUUUUAAUUGUGCAUCGGCUAGCUGACUCUGCAUACGCAAAGUAUAACUAGGGCCUGACUUUUUCGGGUUUUAUUUUUGGCCAAAAUCGGGGGGGGGGGGGGGUAAAUAUCGGGUGAUAUUUUUCAUUCGAAAAUUCGGGUGUAUUUGGGUUAAAUCCCGUUACGGCAUAUUCUGUCGUCAGGAAUUCGGGUGAUUUUUUUUUUGUUUAAUAAAAAUUUGUCUUGACAUGGAACUAAUGUUUAGUAAUGUUAUCAAACUUUAUUUUGAUGCACGCUUAUUAGUGUGCCACGCAACCCGGAUGUUUUCGGGUAGAUUCGGGUUAAACCCGAAUUUUACAGAUUUUGUUCGGGGGGUAAAUAUCGGGCGGAUACGGGUUUAACCCUAAAAAGUCAGGCCCUAAGUAUAACUUGUUUGGGAAAACCUCGGUCGAGUGUACCUCGAGGUUACAGCUUUCCAAUUGGCACGUCCGUCAAAGCCAAGUAAUUUUGUAUAAUUAAGCACACCAGAAAUAAUACUGGUAACUAUGACACAGUAACACUGAACCGGUUUCAUUUGUGCAGUGUGUUCCUGUGGGUUAGCUAGGACACCCCUUAAAGCAAAGCUGUAAUGCUCGUAUCUUUAAAAGUCUAUACAUGUACCUGUAUAUACAUGUAUAAUACACACGUAUAUAAUGUGUUCAUAUAUGGAUGUAUGAAGUGUGCACUUUGCUAUGUCUAUGCCCCUGUAAAUAAAUUCACUAUGUAAUAAAACGAUAAAUGUUUGCAG